GCUGCUGCAGUGAUGUACGAAGUUGCUCUGGUCAACAAAUUAUUCAUGAAAGAGGUCUGAAAAACUUGGGUCAGCACAGGAGACAGGCCUCUCCCAUGUGUGUUCAGGGUGCAUGGUGCGGGAGGGGUGACGCCAAGCGGUGCAGGUUCUUUAGUUUCUCCUCCUCCAAGGUGUGGUUCCAGAGAAAGAAACAAAAAGCGGCAGCCGGCUGUAUCUUAGUUGCAGUCACUCUUGUGCUCAGGACCUCAUACAGGUGACUUGCCAGUUUGGCCGGGCCAUGCUUUGCAGCAGCCUUCACCACAUGACAUCUCUGUGAACCCCUGCUCUGUCCGAGCUGCAGCAGAUCCCAGACGGCAGCAGUGAAAUCAGGACCAUGGCUCCAUCCUCUAAAGUGCUGGACGGAGGCUGGGGAUGGGCCAUCGUUGUGGCCUCUUUCAUGGCCCAGCUCCUGGCCUAUGGAUCGCCCCAGUCAGUGGGCGUUCUCUACCCCGAGUGGCUGAAUGCCUACCAGGAGGGCAAGGGCAUGACGGCCUGGGUGGGCUCCCUCGUGGGUGGAGUGGGACUAAUAGCCAGUCCGAUAUGCAGUGCAUGUGUGGACAACUUCGGGGCUCGUCCAGUGACCAUCUUUAGUGGCGUAAUGGUGGCAGGUGGCCUGAUGCUCAGUGCCUUUGCUCCCAACGUGCAGUUCCUCAUCUUCUCCUAUGGGAUUGUUGUUGGCCUGGGUUGUGGUCUGGUCUACGCAGCCACAUUGACAAUCACCUGUCAGUAUUUUGACAAAAGACGCGGCCUUGCCCUUGGGAUCGUCACCACAGGCACAAGUGUUGGAGCGUUCAUCUAUGCCACCGCUCAGAAUGAGCUGAUUGCAAUGUACGGCCUGGACGGCUGCCUGCUCAUCAUCGGUGCAUUAGCACUCAACCUCAUGGCGUGCGCCGGCUUCAUGAGGCCUCUUUAUAUGCCGGGGUACUACCUCAAACGGAAAGCCGCCCUGGAGCGCAACACGGAAGAGCAGCUCUUCGAUAAGCCCCAGGUGAAUGACCUACAGAUCACAGCAGGCUCCACUGUCACCAGUCCAGAGAAAACUCUGACAGUGAAGGAGAUGCUCAUCACCAUCGAUGGCAAGGAUGUGGGCAUCCAGACGGAGAAGAAAGGCAGCCUCCUGGCUGGGUUUGCCAUCAUGAAAGUCAUCAAGAAGAAGCAGCAGGCGUACUCCAGGUACAUGCAGUCCAUGUAUGAGAUCCUGCAGGACCAAGCCAUGGUGGCAUUCUGUUUCGCUGUGUUCUUGUUCAGCCUGGGGGCGUUCCCUCCUGUGCUCUUUAUAGAGGAUGUGGCGCAGAGUCAGGGACUCGUUGAAGAAGUUAGCAUCAUUCCUCUGGUAUCAAUAGGGGCCAUCGCCACGUGUGUGGGUAAACUAGUGCUCGGUGUGCUGGUGGACAUCCGGUGGAUCAACAGCAUUUAUCUUUACGCCUUCACCAUGUUCGCAGGCGGUGUGACGCUACUCCUUCUACCUAUCACUAAGACUUACAUGGGACUGCAGAUCCUGUCAGCUCUGUUGGGUUUCUUCUCUGGAAACUGGUCUCUCACCUCCUACAUCACCACACAGAUUGUAGGCUUGGACAGACUAACCCAAGCACACGGCAUCCUCAUGUUCUUCGGGGGACUUGGGAUCAUGCUUGGACCCCCGGUUGUAGGGUGGUUCUUUGACUGGACACAGUCAUACGAUUUGGCGUUCUACUUUAGUGGGAGCUGUGUGGUGCUGGGAGGAUUCAUUCUCACUCUACUCACCCUUCCCUGCUGGAACAGGAAGCGCACUGAGAACGACAGACCUGACGUCCAUUACACCAGCAACUGUGACAAAGUUGCCUCGGUAGCCUGAAUACAACCUCUCAUAAGGACUCACAUCUUACCCCCACUGCCAAACAAUGCCCACUGUACCUAAACCACCUGUAGCAGAAUUAUUCUUUGAGUAAACUCAUUUACAGAGGUUUUGAAAUUCAGGCCUUUCUUCUGCACUUUGCCUGCAUUUCUCAGGUUCAAUCAAUAUAUUGGAGAUCUUUACCAACCACAACAACAGGGCUAGUUUUAAUUUCACCCUGUGAGUCUUUAUGUUUGACAUUGUGGCAAAAUGUGGUGGAGUACUGCACCCAAUGUACUGGGAACUACCACAGAAGAUGUCAAACUUUGGCAACUGCAAGAUACAGACACAAAGAUCUACUUGUGUGUAUCAAAAUUAUGACAGAAACCAUUGGUAUUUAACAUGUACUUUGACUUACAUGUUUGGUGCAUGUCCCAUCUACUAACACGGAGGAGCUGGUGUUUAUGACCUGUACUUCAGCCAGCCACCAGGGGAUGAUCAGGACAAUUUGGCUUCCCCUUUGAGGCUCUGUCAUGUUGUCCAUCCUUAUAUACAGUGUAUGGGUCUGGCCCAUGAGUACUGAGAAGUAAUCAUGUAAUAAUAAUAACUACUGAGCAUUCAUGGGUUGGAAAUGGUGAGAUCCCAUUGCAGGAUGGUGUGUAGUUUUAACGGUUUGACUCUGGUGCCUGUGUUGAUAAUCUCUUUUUUUAUUGUUGCCUCAUUUUACGAGGCAACCAGAACACUAUUGUUCAACUCCCAAAAUCUACACUGUUUAUACAAACAAUGGUUGUCACUUAACUGCAGAGCUAUUAAAAGACAUGUUGAUGUUCAUGGGAAGCUGGGAAGAAAGACAUCUGUAAAAUCAGUGGUUAACGCGGCAGUUAAUCUUUCACGGUAAGAAUCACUCUGCAAAUGCACAAAAAUCUCCCAGGAAUCUGACUUGAACAGACUAUACAGGGAUUGGAAUGAAGGAGGGAGUCUUUUUAUGAUAAUCGUAAUUAUAGCAACAGUACUUUUUGUUUUGUAUUUUGGUUUAAUAUAUAUAAAUAUAUCUUAAUUACACCACUAUGUAUCUUACCAAAGCAUCAAUUAUAGUCAAUGCCUGUCAACACCUAAUGCCUGUUAGAACAAUACAAAAGCCUUGCUUUAAAUAUAAUUUUUGUUUUCAAGUGCAUUGACUCUAUUUUUAUCUUUUUAAAUUGUUUGAGUUUCACAUACUUCGUGUUUUUGGAUCAUAGAGACUUUUUAAGAUGCUGAUUCAAAACAUGUAAAAACUCAGUCAUACUGUAGUCAUGAGCAUGUUGAUUCUCUGUGGCAUGUUUAUCAUGAUCUCUGCUGGCAUUCGUUUUGACCUGGCUGGUCCUUUUCAUCAUGUUGUGUACGUGUAUACGUAUAUAUGUAUAUGUUAACAUGUGCGUUGUGUAUGUACGUGUCUGCACAUGCACACUCUCCUACAUGCACAGGCGUGAGGGUGCAUUGUUUGAUAAACUUUUGUACUAGCACUAAUUUGUAAAGUCCAACGUGCUAGUGACUUUUGUAUGCACAAAACUGGCCAUAGAGCUGUAAAGUUUUUUUAUUUUAAAGUUGGAAGAGGAUUAGUGUGGCAGUUGUAAUGAAUAUCUUGCUACACACUUUGAGAAUCACUUAAAUGCUGUUAAAUACACCACUGCAAAUGUCGUUUUGAUAGCUCCAGACUGUUUUCUUUGUGUUUGUAGAGGAUAUUUGUGCUGAUCUAAAAGUGACAGUAUGGUUUGUUGUCACCUUUUAGCUACUCUUUUUUUUAUGCCAGUAUUACAAUAUUUAUGUAUGUAUUUUUGAUUUAUUAUUUCGUUUAUAAAGUGCCAAUAAAAUAUAUUUGGAUUAAA